AACAUAAACAUCACCUUCUCGCUUGCCAAUAUUACUCGCGCUCACCGGUUUCGAUUGUGCAAUAGUUGUGUAUAAGUUAUUUACAAAAAGAAAAACAUGAUCAAAACACUAUUUUCAUCACAAAUUUUACCCGCGGCAAGGUUCAGUAUCGGUGGUGCAUUGAAAAAUCACACCAAACUACAACCAGUGCCGCGUACCAUACACACCCGAACGAAACCGCGCAUUUCACCACCGCCGAAGCUAAGGCCCACGGCUACCGAUCACAAUACCAGUAUCACCCCGUUCGGUUGGGGUCUUUUGAUUAUCCCCGCAACUGCGUUCGGGCUGGGUUGCUGGCAAGUUUAUCGAAAGCAAUGGAAGGAAGGUUUAAUCAGCGAGCUGGAGCGUAAAAUCCAUAUGUCACCGGUGCCAAUUCCCGACGACCUUACCGAUUUGAACGAGAUGGAGUACGAAACGGUAACGGUGCGCGGGCAGUUCCUUCACGAUCGGGAGCUUCAUUUGGGGCCACGGGCUUGCAUACAGCACGGCGAUAGCCACACGACCGGUGGUCUUUUCUCACAAAAGGAAGCAUCGAUUGGGUUUCUCGUUAUCACCCCGUUCAAACUCGAAGGACGAGACGAUAAAAUUCUGAUAAACCGUGGCUGGGUACCGAAACGAUAUCUCGAUCCAGAAACACGUCGAGAAAGCCAGGUAAGCGGUACUGUUGAGCUACAAGGUGUCGUGCGGCUGCCGGAGAAUCGACCACAGUUUACACCCAAACAGCGUGGCGCCAUCUUUAUGUACAGGGAUGUGGAAAAAAUGGCUGCAAUAGGCGGUACGGAACCGUACUAUCUGGAUGCGACGGUAUCAUCGACGGUACCGCUCGGACCUGUUGGCGGACAGACACGGGUAACGCUUCGGAACGAACAUCUGUCGUACAUCGUGACGUGGUUCAGCCUGUCUGGCUUUACCACCUGGCUAUGGUUCCGUCAGAUCGUUCGAGGCAAAUCGUUUUAAACCAACUGCAAUAAAAUAGAAUAUUAACAAA